AGAAGUUGUGUGACUGGCUCAGUGGUGUCACCUCACUUGCUUGUGUCGACAUCUAACGUUAGCUAUGUGUUAUUUAAUGUAAUGACAUUUACAUGACCAUACUUUUUACACGCUAUAUCCAGACAGAUCUCCAGUCCCUGCGUUUACAGAGCUCCCCCUCCCCUCGGCCCCCCUUUAACACCACCCUGAUGAAGACAGCGCGGGAAGCAGACCUGGAAGAGGAGCCUCCACAGGAGAAUGGGGUUAUCCAGACCACCAAGGACCAGCACAGCUCCAUCUCUCCGCCAGGCUCAACAGUGUCUGGGGCCCCGGACGACGAGCCCUUCUCUACAUACUUUGAGGAGAAGGUGCCAAUCCCAGAGGAUGUCACCCAGAUGUUCAGUUUCCGUAAACUCUGGGCCUUUACGGGUCCUGGUUUCUUGAUGAGCAUCGCCUAUCUGGACCCAGGGAACAUCGAGUCUGAUCUACAGUCUGGAGCUAAAGCUGGCUUUAAGCUCCUGUGGGUAUUGUUAGGGGCCACCAUCAUCGGCCUCCUCUUGCAGAGGUUGGCUGCACGCCUGGGGGUUGUCACAGGGAUGCACCUAGCAGAGGUCUGCAACCGCCAGUACCCUACUGUUCCUCGUAUUAUCCUGUGGCUGAUGGUGGAGCUGGCCAUCAUUGGCUCAGACAUGCAGGAGGUCAUUGGUUGUGCCAUUGCCUUCAACCUCCUCUCUGUUGGCAGGAUUCCACUUUGGGGAGGUGUCCUCAUCACCAUCAUUGACACCUUUGUGUUCCUCUUUCUAGAUAAAUAUGGCCUGAGAAAACUUGAAGCCUUCUUUGGGUUUCUCAUCACAAUCAUGGCUGUAAGCUUUGGGUAUGAGUAUGUGAUGGUGCGUCCGGACCAGGGGGAGCUGCUCAAGGGGAUGUUUCUGCCGUACUGUGAGGGCUGUGGUCCUGCCCAGAUGGAGCAGGCUGUGGGCAUCGUAGGAGCCGUCAUCAUGCCCCACAACAUCUACCUGCACUCAGCUCUCGUCAAGUCUCGGUCAAUAGAUCGUGGGAACAAGAAGGAGGUGAAGGAGGCCAACAAAUACUACUUCAUCGAGUCGACUAUCGCUCUCUUCAUCUCCUUCCUCAUCAACGUCUUCGUUGUAGCAGUGUUUGCCGAGGCCUUCUACGAGAAAACCAACAUUGAAGUGAAUGCAAUGUGCAAUGCAUCAGACAGUCCACACACAGACCUCUUCCCCCUGGACAACAGCAGGCUACAGGUGGACAUCUACAAGGGGGGGGUGGUGCUGGGUUGUUUCUUUGGCCCUGUAGCCCUCUACAUCUGGGCCAUCGGGAUCCUUGCUGCGGGACAGAGCUCCACCAUGACUGGCACUUACUCUGGCCAGUUUGUCAUGGAGGGUUUCUUGAAUCUGCGUUGGUCACGUUUUGCACGGGUUCUUCUCACACGCUCCAUCGCCAUCUUCCCCACCCUGCUGGUGGCCAUCUUCCAGGACGUGCAGCACCUGACGGGCAUGAACGACUUCCUCAACGUGCUGCAGAGCAUGCAGCUGCCGUUUGCUCUGAUCCCCAUCCUGACCUUCACCAGUCUGACAUCCAUCAUGAAUGACUUCGCUAAUGGACUGGUGUGGAAGAUAGGCGGAGGGGUGGUCAUCCUGGUGGUCUGUGCCAUCAACAUGCACUUUGUGGUGGUCUACGUGACCAGCCUAAGCAGUGUGGCUCUCUAUGUGCUGGCGGGCUUGCUUUGUAUAGCGUACCUAUGCUUUGUGGGCUACCUGGUGUGGCAUUGUCUGAUAGCCCUGGGGUUCUCCUGUCUGGAUGUGUCCUGUCUGACCAGCAGGAUGCUGACGGGCCACAAUGACGUUUACCUGCUGAAGGACAUGGACAUGGACAGCGACACGAUGGUGGAGAGAUUAGAAGAAGAACACGUUGGAGGAGUGGUUAUUAACAGUGAUACAGUCCGUAGCUAGAGAGAAUUCACAGGGGUGACCUAACAUGGAGGAUGCAGUGCGCCUCCUGUGCCUUAGUGCCAGCCAGACCUUCGUAAGUGCCCAUCCUCAUCAUCUGACCCUUACAAGAAGCCUUGAACCCCUCACUUGACAUUCCACUAGGCAGGUAGCCUAACUAUGAUUGGCAUUAUAUGAAGGUUAGGCCUAUGAUCAAGUUUACCCCAAUGAGUUGUUGGUUUUUAUCAUGUCGAGCAUGCUUGAUCAACGUGGCACUAUAAAAAUGAGCCAGCUUUUUCAUGACUUUGAAAAGCUGUGAUCAUUUUAUAUGGGAAAUACACUGUGUGUAGUGAGUUUGUUACAAAAAAGGCAAUUGCCACCAAUUUAUAUGCAUGUACGUUGUAGAAUUUUUUAUUUAUGAACACACAGAGAACUUAAUUUUCGUAAGACUUUAUCAGAGCAACCACUUAAAGGGCCAAUUCACAGUUGCUACAUCCAUUUUUGAGUGUAUAAAUUAAUGAUAUACACUGAGUAUACAAAAUAUUAGGAAGACCUCCCCA